CUAGGUUUUUGUUAAAUCACUUCCACUUGCUGCAUCUUGAAUCCAAUCCAUUGAUUGCUUUUUUGAUUAGCUAGUUUUUGUGUGGCACAGAGAUUCAUGAACACCGGUACCCAUAUUCGAUCUGCUGAGACACAGAGCAACAGUGCGGAACACUCCUCUCUUCGUCGAUGGAGCGAUCAGGACAUUGAAAGGAUUCUGGAAGCUUUAGCUGAACCGGCCACUCGCAGCAAAUUUUUAGCCAACAAACGACGCACAUGUCAAGAUCUGGCUGUUCGACUGUUUGGCGACAGCGGGCCGGAACGGGGCAUCGCGCUCAACAUGAAGGUGUACGGUUUAGAAAAGAUAUACUGGGAAGCCGAAAACGAACGUCUGCGCCUGGUCAAAGAGAACCGGCCAGAUAAAGCUAUGGAUCUCCUCGCAAGACGAAGUAAUCGGUUUCACGAAGCCUGUCGUCGCGUUUUUGAUGUCAACUCAUCUACGCAUUCUCAGCCGCAAGAACAAGAGCCAGCGGAUCAAGGCAAUCAGUCAGUAGAAUCCGGCGUCACAAUGUCCGGUGCCGGCGUCCGUCGAAGAGUGCCUGAAGUUCUCCCUGCCGAAUCCGUCGACGACUCUCCAUUUUUACCUUCUGCUCCCUCUCGUCCUCAGUCUACUCUGCCAUUGGAAACCGUCCCGAUCAACACGGAUUCCACUCCAGUUCCCAACCCUCUCCAUUUUUCCGAUCCCUCUGGUCCCACGGUAUCCUCCCGCGCCCCCUCCAUCGAUCUACCCUCCGUAUCCGCAGGUUUGCCCUAUCUUCCGCAGUCAACCACUGUGUACAGCCGGCGAACCAGAACAUCGGUCAAGCUGGCCCGUUAUGCCGCCAAACAGGCCGCUUACAUGGCUCGGCAAGCCGAGUUUGAAGCCAUCAAAGCAAAACAAGAUAAACGAAGAAUGCGAUAUGCCCUUCGGUUAGCGAUUGUGAAAAAACAGCGAGAAUCAUUAAUUCUACAAAAAUUAGAAAAGCGACUAAAGUUAUCCAACGCGAAAUCCAAAUCAUAAAGCUUGGUUAUUUAAACGCGCACUGCAGAAAAUUCAAG